CCGCGUUUGAUAAAGUUUGUGCGUCGAUAUAUUAUUUUUGAUCGAAUUUAUAAAUCAUCGCCGAUCGAUUAAAUUACGUAGAGAAAUAAUAUUGUAUAUUAAAGCAAUUUGGGAUUCAGCAAAAAUUUGGUAAUAAAUCUGGCGAUAACAGUGAUAUAACAAAAGCACAGACAAAAAAUUACAAUAGAAUAAUCUGAUUAAUUACAACAGAUCAAAAUGUCUACUACAUCACAGAAACACAGGAACUUUGUGGCAGAGCCAAUGGGAGACAAACCUGUAACCGAGCUCGCUGGUGUUGGAGAAGUCUUGGGAAAGAGAUUAGAAGCUGCAGGUUUUGAUAAAGCAUAUGUAGUACUAGGACAAUACUUAGUGCUAAAGAAGAAUAAGGAAUUAUUUCAAGAAUGGAUGAAGGACGCAUGCUCUGCAAAUGCAAAACAGUCAACAGAUUGUUAUCAAUGCCUAACUGAUUGGUGUGAAGAAUUUUUGUAAAGUAAUUAUGACAAAUUUAACUGGAAUAUGUAUGUUUAUUUUAAGUACGGAAUAUUAAGUAUAGUUUUAUAACAUUAACUAAGUAUGAUUUAUACUUGACUAAAAUGUAUGUUCUUUUAAGAGCAGAAUAUUUAACUAUAUAUGCAAUUUUACA